GUAAAACUCUCCAGUGUCUACAAACCAAGAAAAUGGCGAUCUCCACUUAAUUUUAUUGGAUCCAACAAUUGUGCUUCAUUAUUAAGGUGCCGAACAAAUCGAAUUAGCUAAUUAAAUUGAAUUUGUGUCCCUUGAUUUGUGCUCCGUUGUUUUCAGUUUCGUUUUUGCCUUUACGUUUUCCACUCGUUUUGAAAUCUGUGCUCGGUCGUGUGACGAAAGUCUCACAAGAUUUUGUUUCAAACAGAUUUGCUAUUCUCAAUUGGAGUUUAAUCUGUACGGAAAGAGAAGCAGAUAGACUGCCAGUCAUUACACCCAGAAAUAUCCAACGAUAUUCGAUUGAUUUGAAGUGAAAAAUAUUGUGUGUGCGAGUGUCGUAAGACAGAAAUUGAGGCACAAUGGAAGCUGUAGCAAAACACGAUUUCAACGCCAACGAAGUGGACGAGCUGUCUUUUAGAAAAAGCCAAAUAUUGAAGAUACUUAACAUGGAAGACGAUAUGAAUUGGUAUCGCGCCGAACUGGAUGGGAAAGAAGGUCUGAUACCGAGUAAUUAUAUAGAAAUGAAAAGCCAUGAUUGGUAUUACGGACGAAUAACAAGAGCUGAUGCGGAAAAACUUUUAUCAAACAAACACGAAGGAGCAUUUUUGAUAAGAAUAAGUGAAUCCAGUCCUGGUGAUUUCUCAUUGUCCGUGAAAUGUUCGGAUGGUGUUCAACAUUUCAAAGUGUUGCGUGACGCACAAGGCAAAUUCUUUUUGUGGGUGGUGAAAUUCAAUUCCCUAAACGAACUCGUCGAAUACCAUCGCACGGCCAGCGUUUCACGUUCACAGGACGUUAAGUUAAGAGAUAUGGUGCCGGAAGAAGUAAGUGAUUCCAUGCGUGCCCAUACGGCCCCAUUUGAAGUGAUUCGUUUCGUUUUGCAGAUUUUGGUCCAAGCAUUAUACGACUUUGUGCCACAAGAAUCGGGUGAAUUAGAUUUUCGACGAGGUGAUGUCAUCACGGUGACGGAUCGUUCGGACGAGCACUGGUGGAACGGUGAAAUUGGCAAUAGAAAAGGACUGUUUCCUGCAACUUAUGUCACACCAUACCAUUCGUAAUAGGGAUUUUUUUUAAAUAAAUAAUAAUGUCGAUUUUACAAAGAAAAGAAAAGGAAAAAAAGUGAAAAAGAAAUGGAAAGGAGAAGAAGACCGAUUGUUUAAAACGGUUUUCUUCUUUUGGAAUUUUUGAUUUUUUUUUUAAAUAUUUUACGAUCACAUUAAAAACACAAGGAAUGAAGAGAGGAAGAGAGAGAGAGAG